AUGCAGUCCCUUUCACCAUUACAAACAGACUUUAGCCACAAAGCUCAAAAAAGAGUUGCACAGCACUCUGCAGAACGAGAAAUCCACAAGAAGGCCCGUCCUUUACUUUGUUGGGGAGCUGAACCAUCAGAGAACCAUAGUGACUGGAUGAUUGAAGUCGUUCGCGCAGAUGGCGACAAAACAUGUCCAGCACUGUCAUUUUAUGUACACAAGUGCGUAUUGGCUGCCGGAAGUCAAUACUUUGCGCAAUUGUUCAGACACGGUAACAGAUUUACGGAGGGAAAAACUCAAAGCAGCCGGAUCGAAUUGUGUGAAAUUGGCGCUUCCGCGUUUCUCGCAUUUUUGGACUACUUGUACUCAGGUAACUUGGAGGAAGAAUCUCCCACGAUGACUUUCACUGCAACACCACUGCAGUAUUUGGCUCGGUAUUUCGAAUGCCCACAAUUGCAAUCUGAUAUCCGCCGAUUCUGGACUCGAGAUCUGGGAACUCAGAAUUGUUGGAUCUACUAUGAGCAUUCCAAAAUUUUCGACGACAAGGAAAUCAUGGAUGCUGUCAUCAACCUAUGCAUCGAGAAGCCAUCAGAAAUUCCGACGGUUUCGUCCUUGUUUGAAAUAACUGACACCAAGUUCUGGCUGGAAAUUUUGGAAAAAAGUUCAAAAGAGAUUGUUGUCCGAUACCACCUCAGCCUGCUUAUCGCAAUAUACCUAUUCACCGAAGAAAAGAAAGGCACUACAAAGCGGGAAGACUUCUUUCGAUUGACGGACGAGAAAUAUUUGCCCGAGGUGGACUACCGAGCAGCGAUGUUUUUUCUUCGAGUAGAAGAGACUUUCAUGUCGGAUCGGUCAGCUGGCCUUUCCAGUCUGCAGGAACGUUGUGUGAGGGCGCUGGUUGCCAAUUGGACUCGAAUGAGUUAUUUUGAUCAAACAAAUAUCGGUAUUUUGCUGAAACAAGAUACAGUAUUGUUGGUUCGACUUCUAUCACUGACAGUUUCACAAGCAAAAGAAUCGCAUAGUGAGCUUUUGCUGAAAGACAACAUGAACGAGAAGAUCAUCUCUCAUUUAUACCCGUUGGUGAAGAAGCAUAUUCAAAACGAAGAAUUUAUCGCAACUUUCCAUAGCUAA